AUGAGGCUCCUCUCAGUCGCCCUUCCCGCCUUUUUUGGCAUCGCGCCAGCCACCACCAGUGGCGUCUCACUCCACUAUCGCUUCACCGUCAACCUCCUGCCCGCUGACGCCGGCGCUCAGGGCUCGGCUGCCGGCUCCGAUCUCGUUCCGGUGGUCACCAUGAACCAGCCCCUGGGGAGCGGCGUGCUCCACUCCGUCCAGACUUCUGUCAACAUGGGACCAGGCUGCGAGGCUUGCGAAAGCUGCAUCCAUGGCUGCGACAGCGUAUUCGAGGGCCUAUGCACCGCUGUGUGCUUCGACACCCAGAAACGCAACGACUGCCGCAGCUGCCCGAUCUCCGACGGCCGGUUCGACAUCUUUGUGAAUAUAGCCGACGUUUUGGCCACUACGGAUGUUCUAGAGAAGCACGGUCUCCUCGGCGCCAACCUGUCUACGGACGACGCCUGGCGCCGCUGGAAGCAGUCCGGUCUCAAGCUCAACAGCCUCGUCGAGCUGCGCCCAUCGCUUCCCGUCAACGCCUCGGAGAGGUUGCAGGAGGGCGGGCUGGUCAGAAACUGCAGUGUGUGCAAUGGCCUCGUUGCUGCCUGCCUGAUAUUUGUGUGGCUGCCGUUCAUCUGGCUCCCUUGUAUCAUCUCCGCCGCUGGGACCUCUGUCUGUAGCUGCUGCCUGGAGCAGCCUGGUUGCCUUUGA